AAACAGAAAGGGAAACCUAAGACAGCCCACACCUCCUUUGUGGAAGUAGGUUUUUGUUAAGUAUAUGUAUGUUGAAAUUACUGCCAUCUCAUACCGACCGUAUUGUCAACACCUCCCACCCCAAUGUGAAGCACGGGACCUGUGUGCCCAGCUGGAUUGGUCCAUCACUACAUCGGUUAACAGUCUGCUACAGUGUCUCCCCUCCUCACACAGCUAGCUAACCGUCGUGUUACAGACGCUGCUCACACCGCAGCUGAAAAGGAGAAGGAACAUCAUAACUAGGCCUGAGAAACGCGUUAAGGAACCAUUCUCCCUGCGGUUCCCAUCUGAUGGAGCAGUGGUUGUCAUUCUCUGUGAAAAGGCACCAUGUUUCCUUGUCACGUAACCCCCUGGCCCUCUGCUGAGCCACCGGCUUCCUGCGGCAGUCAUGCACCCCCAGCGCAGCCCUCACAACCCCUUCCUGACCUGCUGUGCAGCUGUCCCGCUCCACCUUUGAACACCCACUCUGAGACACCCUCCCCAGACCCCAUGGAGUCCCUCAUCGUGGUCACGGAGUACGAACCCAGCAGACCACCUGGAGAGGCUGGGGAGGGGGAGGAGGUAGAAGAAAUGGACAGUUCAGAGACGCCAGAGCCAGCUUCUUCUGUGGUGGCACCUUUCCCAACUACAUCCUGCGACCUGCUGUCCCACACAGUUUGCCGGUCAGAGGCUCUGCUACCCGAAAGCCAAGAGCAAAGGGGAAGAUUAAACCUGUCGGACAGGAAACUAUCUCUGCAGGAGCGCUCACAGAGUGCAACAUCACCCUGCAGCUCUCCGGGACUCAACGGACGCUAUAUUUACCCAUCGUUACCCUACUCACCCAUCACAUCACCGCACUCUUCUCCACGUUUGCCCCGCCGGCCCACUGUGGAGUCCCACAGUGUUUCCAUCACAGACCUCCAGGACUGUGUUCAACUCAACCAGUACAAGCUGAAAGAUGAAAUUGGAAAGGGUUCCUAUGGUGUUGUCAAGCUGGCUUACAAUGAGGAUGACAACACAUACUAUGCGAUGAAGGUGUUGUCCAAGAAGAGGCUGAUGAGGCAGGCAGGUUUCCCACGGAGACCUCCCCCUCGUGGAGCCAAAGCAGUUCCUGAAGGUCCCCCUCAGCCCAAAGGACCCCUGGAACGGGUCUAUCAAGAGAUUGCCAUCCUGAAAAAGCUGGACCAUCCCAAUGUAGUAAAACUAGUGGAGGUUUUGGAUGACCCCAGUGAGGACCAUCUGUACAUGGUGUUUGAGCUGGUCAAGCAAGGAGCUGUGAUGGAGGUGCCCACAGAUAAACCUUUCAGUGAGGACCAGGCACGCUUUUACUUCCAGGAUCUGCUCAGGGGAAUUGAGUACUUACAUUACCAGAGGAUCAUCCACAGAGAUAUCAAACCUUCUAACCUGCUAGUGGGAGAAGAUGGGCACAUCAAGAUAGCAGACUUUGGAGUCAGUAACCAGUUUGAGGGAGCUGAUGCUCUCCUGACAAGCACAGUGGGAACACCUGCUUUCCUUGCUCCUGAAGCACUCUCUGAGACUAGAAAGAACUUCUCUGGAAAGGCUUUGGAUGUUUGGGCUAUGGGAGUGACGCUUUAUUGCUUCGUCUUUGGAGUGUGUCCAUUUAUGGAUGAGCGCAUCCUCAGUCUUCAUCAGAAAAUCAAGACACAACCUGUGGUGUUACCUGAUCAUGCUGACAUAUCAGAUGAUCUCAAAGAUUUGUUACUGAAAAUGUUGGACAAGAAUCCAGAGACCAGGAUAUCAGUUGCACAGAUUAAGGUGCACCCAUGGGUGACCAGGCACGGUGCCGAGCCUCUCCCUCCAGAGGAUGACAACUGUUGUAUGCUGAUCGAAGUGACCGAGGAGGAGGUGGAGAAUUCUGUCAAACACAUCCCCAGUCUGGCUACAGUGAUCCUGGUGAGAACCAUGCUGAGGAAGCGUUCCUUUGGGAACCCCUUUGAUUGGGGUCGUAAAGAAGACCGCAGCAGUUUGUGUGCUCCAGGGCCAACGCUCAGGAAAGGCAGAGCAGGCAAUGUGAGAUACUGCUACAUACAUUGUAACCAAAGAAGGAAACAGGAGAGUGGUGAUGGCAUGAGGAGUAUGGACCUGCCCUACGUGGGAGAAGACGAGGCUCUUUCCUGAUGCAGAGGUUUAUUAUGCACACUGGUAUCUGCUUGCCUGCAACCACACAGCACGACACCCCUUUACUCACAGUUUUAUACCGGCAGCCUACAUCUACAUACAUUUCCUGGGAGGUGGACACGUGUGGCAGACGUUGAAGAAAGGGAGAAAUCAAGGAUCUAAGGCACUUUGACAACCAUUUGCUAAGCUUUUAUUCCAUUUUCUCCUCUUAUAAGGCUUAGCAUGGGACAGUCAUGUGGGAAACUUCCAAGAGAGGAUUCUCCUGAACCUUGAACCUGUCUGCAGCUCUGAUCACCUAACCCAGUCUCCUCUUUUUAUCCUGCAUGCAUUUAUAGUCCUAGCAUGCUUUGUCUCAGGCUUCAAUUGUACAGUUAAAUGUUUUAUUGUAGUUUAGCCACUUGUAUUUCUCCUCGUCUUUACUUGAUACUUUCAGGUACACAGGGCAUGGGAACAGGAGAUGAGGAUAGUUUACGGCGGAGGAUGGUUGUUUUCACCAUUAUCUCGACGUUCUCUUCAGUAGAGCAGGCUUCUUGACGAUGAUUGUGUGGUUCACUCUGCUUCAGAGUAGCAGUGCCCAGUUUUGUAAUAUAUUUUAGAGUGAAUAAUCUGUACAGUUUUCCUGAAAUGAAAAAAAGGGGAGUGAUAAAAUGUUUACUUCAUUGGAUGCAUGUGUUUACUUUCCCAAUGCAACACUGUAUAAGCUAUUUAUAAACAUUGGCACGCUAAUAUAGACACACUUGUUUGAUGCAAUUUUUCUUUUUUCAGUCUUACCACUGGCUCUUCAUUGAGUUUCCCAUUUAUUACAAUCAGUAGAAAGCUUUAAGACAGUUGAUACAGUACUCUGUGAAAGAUCAAAUUCAUCCUUAUUGCAUACAAGAUAGUGAAGUGAGCAAUCAUAUGAUUUUUAAGUGUUUGCUGAAUAUUUUUUAAUUCAUAGAGCUGAGUAAUGAAGCUACUGAUCUACCAAAUGUGUAUGAAAUAACAGAAUGUGUUGGUGCAAAAUUACUCUGAGUUAACUUUUUUUUUUAAAGUUUAAACUGUAACUCACUUCUCUCCAAAUAAUGUUGUGUUGUGAUGAAAAGGAACAGCAGAGUUUCACAUGUUUCAAAUGUGUCAUGUAUUUGUUUUGCUUCUCAAAAGUGGACGUUCAUGUAUAGACUGAAAACAAAAUACUGACGAUUGAACCUCAAGUUAAAAUUGUGAAUGUUCUUACUCUUUUUGUUUGUUUUGUAUUGUAAGAAUUACUGAUGCUACUUUAAAACCGCACACUUUCAGGACACCAAAUACUUCGAUUAUGUAUAAUUUUGUAAAGUAUAGUCACUUAAACAAACAAACCUUUAAACUAUUUGUUCUUAUUGAACUACUGGAGCUGGCUACCACAGUAAGUUUUGAGAUGGAAGCAUAGUGCAGCUGCAGACUUUUUGUACAAAUCUAUGCAUAUCUGUAGAGGUGUUGUAAAAACUGUUGUCAUCUUUGGUCAGAAGAGUAGGCCACUCUGCAAAUGUUUCUAAUUAAUUAUAAAAUGCUUUCUUAUUUAUUCAUGUGUUUCAUUUUAGAUGAUCCCAAAGCAGUAAAUUAGCGUUUUUCUACUUUUGUUCCUUUUGUUUACCCUUUGUUUCCUUCAUUUUCUUAAAGACGUUAGUGUAAGUAUAGAUCAAGUCACUUGGUGUGUCUCUAGUUAACAUAGAAUAUUGACACAUUAUUGAUUAUAACAUUUAAUGCUUCCACACACUAAUAACUUCAGCACCUAAGUGUUGAAUGUAAGAGAAAGGGACAUUGGAUAUUCUCCUUUUUUUUUUUUUUUUUUUUUUUUUUUUUACCUUACUACUUGGAUGUCACUCUGAACUGUAUGUACUGUAUGUCUGUUUUUUAAGACUAGUACUAUGCAUAUGAUGUGUCUUUCUCUGUAUGGUGCAAUGGUAUGCUCUGUCAGAUUGUCACAUACAGUGUGCAAACUCACUGGCUGGGUGAGGAGGGCUGUAUGAGGUUCACCCAUUCUAUUUACCUUUGUUUAAUUAAGUAGUGCUCUCCACUGGAGUGCAGCAAAUAGAGACAAGUAAUCUGGUUAAAGAUUUCCAUCAAAUUCCCAUACUGAACUUUUAAAGUUUAUUCCCCCCUUUUUUUUCCUUUUGAAAACUUAAUGAUAGCCAACAAUAUUUUACGGUCCAUCAUUUCAUGAGAAAAUUGAUUGCAGAAAUGCCUCAGUUUGUGUUAUACUGUGAAAUGUUACCUCAUUUAAGCCUGCUUUCCACACAUUUCUGAAAGAUUAUACCUUCUGAUCUAAUGUAAGUUGCUAUAGAAUAUUGUUAUUUGAGAUAAAGUUUUUACCUUGAGUAAAAUAAGACAGGUACUUUGCCUUUGGUGUGAAUAUUUUACUGUAUGUGACCAACAAGAAUGAACUAAAGGACAGUUUAGGUCUGAAUGCAGGGUGACAGUGCAAGCCACAAAAAAGCUGUAUAUUAAAUAUUUUAUACAUACAAUAUUUAAACUUGUAGUUUGUUUCAAUGCAGUCCUUACCCAUUCUUGUCUGAAUGGCCAGGCUACAGUAAGUGAUUAACCUUUAUUGUUCACAUGGUUUUGAAUUCUAUUGUGUAAUUCAUUUUAUUAAGAGCUCUGGGGGCUCUUUUCCCCUAAAUGCAUGCCAACAUACUGAACACAUAACACUGUAUUGUCAUAGCAUGAGAGGUCCUUGAUGAUAAAAGGGACGUUUAAAUUAAUUAUUCUAUACAUACUGUAUCUUGUUCAUCAUUUGAAUAAAAUAUUAUUGCCUUUC